AUGCCUGAAAAAGUUUAUGUCACAUAUAAUCAGGCUUCUGCUAACCUUGCUCCUUCCGUCCAGCUGCACAAGCUGUGCAAAAAUUCCGCGGAGAAAAUCCUCAAGGACUUCCACCCACAUCUCAUGAUCGCAAUCGGGGGUGGCGGCUAUGUUCCUGCUCGAAUCCUUCGAUCAUUCCUGAAGCGUCCCGGCGAGCCGAACAUCCCCAUCCAGGCCAUUGGUCUUUCAUUGUACGAAAACUUGGGCCGUGAUGAUCCCGAAGAGGUCCCGGGCACAAAGGUCACGCGAACACAAUGGUUAGAUUUGAGUUCUUUGGAGAUGGCCAACCUGAUUGGAAAGAAUGUCCUUAUCGUGGAUGAGGUCGACGACACUCGCACUACACUUGAAUAUGCUGUUCGAGAACUGGAAAAGGACGUCGAACUUGCGCAAAAGAAUUUGGGCCGUGAAGCGGAGAAGACCACAUUCUCCAUCUUUGUUUUGCAUAACAAGGACAAGUCGAAGAAAGGGAAGCUUCCAGAGGAAAUGAUGACCGCUGGCCGGUACUAUGCUGCCGUGACGACUGGUGAUGUCUGGAUUUGCUACCCAUGGGAGGCUAAGGACAUCGACGAACACGACGAACUUGCUAAGCAAUUUCCCCUCAAUUAA